AUGAGAAUUGGAUGGUGCCAGAAGAAUCUGACCCCAAAUGUAGUAGAGUACAUUCUAAAUUUGACCAACCGUUUGAAAAGAUGUCAGGAUUUGGCGGUAGAAAAGAUGAGUGAAAUGCAGGUACGAAGAAAGGCUUGGUAUGACAAGAAUGCUGUGAAUAGGCAAUUUAAGGUGGGCGAUCAGGUUGAGAAGCAGAUGCACCAGGAAAUGUUGAUGUCAGUUCCACUUUACAAGAAUGACACGACGGUCACAGACGCUUGGGAUGCACUGCAGCCUUACUUCAAGUGCUGCGGAAUCGCCGUCAACUACGACCAGAGCCAGGAGGUGUGGAAGCGGAACUCCAACUUCCAGAGCAGUGACAAACGGGUGCCGGAAUCCUGCUGCCGGAGAAGAGAUCAGGCCUCAGUUCGGCAGUGCCAGGGAGACCCCGGAAACUACGCACACGACAAGGACUGCUACAUGGAGAUGAAGGACUUUGUGAAGAACCACGCCCUCAUCCUUGGUGGGAUCGGCAUCGGGAUCGCCUGCCUCCUGAUCGUCGGUAUGAUGCUGUCCUGUGCUCUGUUCCUCAUGAUCAACUGAUGUAGUUCAGAUCUCGAUCAUCUUUCGUCAUGAUUCCACCCAAUCGAAUGCCAUUUCUCGGGACAUACUACAUCCCCGUGUUGCUGGUUC